GUGAGGCUGGAGACUGGACACUGACCCAGUCGGCUCUGAGCCCCCAAUCUUGUUAGCCUCCAUCUCCAGAACCCGUGAGUCUUCUCCUUCCCGGACCUCGGACCCCUAGGUCCCCCGGGCCGCAGGAGUCCCCGGAUGCGGCAACCCGGCUAGCCCGAGCCCAGCCAGGGAGAUGCUUCAAGACAAGGGUCUUUCUGAGAGUGAAGAGGGCUUCCGAGCCCCAGCCCCUGCACAUGGAGAGCAGGCCUCAGCUCCAGAGCCAGCUUUGGGUGGACAGGGCCUUACUGGUACUCCCCUCAGCAGCCCCCAGGGCCAAGAUGCUGAGCAGACAAUCGAGAAUAUCAAGGUGACUCUGCACGAGAAGGAACUCUGGAAGAAAUUUCACGAAGCGGGGACCGAGAUGAUUAUUACCAAAGCCGGCAGGAGAAUGUUCCCCAGCUACAAGGUGAAGGUCACAGGCAUGAACCCCAAGACCAAGUACAUUUUGCUGAUUGACAUCGUCCCAGCAGAUGACCACCGAUAUAAAUUCUGUGAUAACAAAUGGAUGGUGGCAGGAAAGGCAGAGCCUGCGAUGCCAGGAAGACUGUACGUGCAUCCAGACUCUCCAGCUACGGGGGCACACUGGAUGCGGCAGCUGGUCUCCUUCCAGAAGCUGAAACUGACCAACAACCACCUGGACCCUUUUGGGCAUAUCAUUCUCAACUCCAUGCACAAGUACCAGCCUCGGCUGCACAUCGUGAAGGCUGAUGAGAACAAUGCCUUUGGCUCCAAGAACACGGCCUUCUGCACACAUGUGUUCCCAGAGACCUCCUUCAUUUCGGUGACUUCUUAUCAGAACCACAAGAUCACACAACUGAAAAUCGAGAAUAACCCAUUUGCCAAAGGAUUUCGGGGCAGUGAUGACAGUGACCUGCGUGUGGCUCGCUUACAGAGCAAAGAAUAUCCAGUGAUUUCCAAGAGCAUCAUGCGGCAGAGACUUGUGUCCACUCAGCUUUCUGCUAAGCCCGAUGUAAGCCCCCUCCAUGGAGCCCAUCAAGCGCUCCAGCACUAUCAGUAUGAGAAUGGGGCACAUAUGCAAUUUGCUGCUGCCGAAGGGCAAGAGCUACCCCUUAACACCUUCCCAGGGCAGAGAGACUCAGGGCUGUUCUAUCAUUGCCUGAAGAGACGGGACAGCACCCGGCACCUAGACCUCCCCUGCAAGCGCUCCUACCUGGAAGCCUCCUCCUCGGUGGGAGAAGAUCACUAUUUCCGCUCGCCGCCCCCCUACGACCAGCAGAUGCUGAGUCCCUCCUACUGCAGCGAGGUGGCUCCCCGGGAAGCCUGCAUGUACUCGGGCUCCGGGGCCGAGAUCGCCGGCGUGUCGGCGGUGGAGGACCUGCCCCCACCCCCGCUGAGCUGUAACAUGUGGACGUCGGUGGCCCCGUACACCGGCUACAGUGUUCAGACCAUGGAGACUGUGCCCUAUCAGCCCUUCCCUGCUCACUUUACGGCCACCACUAUGAUGCCCCGGCUCCCCUCCGUGUCCGCGCAGAGCUCCCAGCCGCCGGGGAACGCUCACUUCAGCAUCUACAACCAGCUCUCGCAGGCCCAGGCGCGAGAUCGAGGGCCGUCCACCUCGUUUCCGAGAGAGCGCGGGCUGCCCCCGGUGUGUGAGAGGAAACCCCCCUCCCCGCACCUGAACACUGCCAACGAAUUCCUGUACUCCCAAAGCUUCUCCUUGUCCAGGGAGUCCUCCUUACAGUACCAUUCGGGAAUGGGGGCCGUAGAGAACUGGACUGACGGGUGACUGGGACGCACCCACCGCGUGACACACAGUGUUACUGAUCGAGGACAUGUUAAUCCAGUGUUCAUCCCGGGGGAGUAGCCUGCACCAUAGAGAACCCUACGUCGGGCAUUGCCAAGGGGGGAAGGGUACAUUUGGAGAGCCCCUAUUUUCUGACCUGCUCCUGAGGCCGCGUCAGGAAGAAAGAACAGUGACCCACGAAGUGCCUCUAGUUCAUCCACGCCUGGCACACCUCUGGCAGUGCCCAAAGGGUGGGAGUUGGGGUGGGAGGGUUGGUCGGGAUAGGGUGUCUUUGGCAGGUUUCCACAGCACGAUCCUGGGGCUGGGCAGUUCCAGAGGGAAAUGUGCGUGAUUUUUCAGGGGGGAUCGCCACGGUUUGGGGAGAUUGUAGGCAUAGAUUGGAAUCUGACUCGAGGCUAGUUUUGGGAAAGAGCCUUCCAUAACAUUGGCUUUUGGUUCCUCACGAUCCCCUUGGAAAUCCAAGAAAGGAAAAUCUAUAGGGGAUUCCAACAGGGUCAGGGAGAUGACAAGUACCUUAACAUAAUUUUUUCUAGGUUUGUUUGUUUUUUUUCUAAUUUAGAGGUAAGCCAGUAAGGAAGGGAUCAAGAGCAUCUCCUAGAGCUGCUCAGUUUUUGGCACUGCAUCCCCCAGCCUUUGCAGCCCAUGCGUGUGGGAGAACCUCAUCUCUCAGACUCCAUCUUCAUCCCAGAAUUAGCACUCAAGUAAUUUAAGCUACACCCAGAUGUGCCAAGAGGAGGCUAUUGUGGAGCCAAAGUCAGGCAUUGCUUGGAGAGAGUUCCGUCUCCUGGAGAAUCCCCACCUUGGAGGGAAGAAGCCCAACAGAAAUAAAAAUGGGAGUUGAGAAAACAUUCACUUCUUCCAAAGAAUUCAGCUCAUGAGCUCAGCCAGAAGCACAAGAAGGAUUUUUGAACCAAGUUAAGCCCAGGCAAUGAUAUGGAUGUUUUCAACCAAUUCACCAGUAUCCGACAUCACCAGGCUAUAUGUGUGACUGGUGUGGACUCUGCAAUCCAAUUUGGGAAAUCACUACACUCUUUGCAUGCUGAAUAGCUAUUUAUAUGUUAUAUAAAUAUAUAUCACCAAGGCAGGCCACAUGUCCAUUGCAGCUUUGCUUUUACAAUCAAAAUAAUUAAAAAAUGAAUGUUGCGAGGGUUUUUGGAAAGACAUCUAUUUAAUAUUUUUUAAUUACACCUUUUGAUGUAAAAACUAAGAACUGGUUAGAUAAAACCUAUAUAUACUACAGAUAAAUCUUUAUUAGAAGCCACAUUAGAUACAGGUGGUGGGGAGCAUUAAGUGUUUUAUUACAUAGCAUGGACGUUUUAUUUUACAUAUCGGAACAUAAAGCCAUUUUUUAAACUACAAA